CGUAAAUAAACGUGGGGAGACGUGUCAUGGCGAGCUCCAUCUAAAACCUGUGCUGUUUCCGGAGAGUGGCAUGUUGAUUUUCUUACUUUGAACUGGUUUGGUAUUUCCCGACUGAUGGAGAAGAUGCCUUCUGCAUCCUGUGAUACACUACUGGAUGACAUAGAAGAUAUUGUGUCACAGGAGGAUUCAAAGCCACAAGAUAGGCAUUUUGCAAGAAAGCAUGUUGUUCCAAAGGUGCGAAGGCGAAAUACCCAAAAAUAUUUGCAAGAGGAAGACACUCCACCAAGUUAUAGCACUAUUCCAGGCAUACAGAAAAUUUGGAUACGAACAUGGGGUUGUUCUCAUAAUAAUUCAGAUGGAGAAUAUAUGGCUGGACAGCUAGCUGCUUAUGGAUAUAAAAUUACAGACAAUGCAUCAGAUGCAGAUUUAUGGCUCCUGAAUAGUUGUACUGUAAAAAACCCAGCUGAAGACCACUUUAGAAACUCAAUUAAAAAAGCCCAAGAAGAGAACAAGAAAGUAGUGCUGGCUGGAUGUGUUCCUCAAGCCCAGCCUCGUCAAGACUACCUUAAAGGACUGAGUAUCAUAGGGGUUCAACAGAUCGAUCGUGUGGUAGAAGUUGUGGAGGAAACAAUUAAAGGUCACUCAGUGAGACUGCUGGGGCAGAAAAAGGAUAAUGGAAAACGGUUGGGGGGAGCGCGACUGGAUUUGCCAAAGAUUAGGAAGAAUCCACUGAUAGAAAUCAUUUCCAUCAAUACUGGGUGUCUCAAUGCCUGUACCUACUGCAAAACUAAACACGCCAGAGGAAAUUUGGCCAGUUAUCCGAUUGAUGAACUAGUAGAUAGAGCGAAACAGUCUUUUCAAGAGGGUGUUUGUGAGAUAUGGUUGACCAGUGAAGACACAGGGGCUUAUGGCAGAGAUAUUGGCACCAAUCUCCCCACACUGCUGUGGAAACUGGUUGAAGUGAUUCCUGAGGGAGCAAUGCUGAGGCUUGGCAUGACAAAUCCGCCCUAUAUUUUAGAGCAUCUGGAGGAAAUGGCAAAAAUCCUUAAUCAUCCUAGAGUCUAUGGUUUUCUGCACAUACCCGUCCAGUCCGCCUCUGACAGUGUACUCAUGGAAAUGAAAAGAGAAUACUGCGUGGCCGACUUCAAAAGAGUAGUGGAUUUUCUGAAAGCGAAAGUUCCUGGAAUAACUAUUGCAACAGACAUUAUCUGUGGUUUUCCUGGAGAAACAGGUCAAGAUUUUCAAGAAACAGUGAAGCUUGUUGAAGAGUACAAAUUCCCAAGCCUCUUUAUUAACCAAUUUUAUCCAAGACCAGGAACUCCUGCUGCAAAAAUGGAACAAGUUCCAGCACAAGUGAAAAAACAAAGAACAAAAGAUCUCUCUCAGGUGUUUCAUUCUUAUAAUCCAUAUGAUCACAAGAUUGGUGAAAGACAACAAGUGUUAGUAACAGAAGAAUCUUUUGAUUCCAAGUUCUAUGUUGCACACAAUCGAUUCUAUGAACAGGUUUUAGUGCCAAAGAACCCCUCAUUCAUGGGGAAAAUGGUCGAAGUGGACAUUUAUGAAUCAGGAAAACAUUUUAUGAAAGGGAAACCAGUAUCAGAUGCUGAAGUAUACACGCCAUCCAUCAGCAAACCGUUAGCAAAGGGAGAAGUCUCAGGUUUAACAGAGGAAUUUAGAAACAGGCUUGGGAAUCACUUGAGUUCACCAUCUCACACCUCUGCUGCAAUUCAGCAAGGCUCGGUGGGUUCCAGAAUGGUGCUGAAGAUGCAGAGGCUCCAUCAACACUGUGCACUGAAGCUGUCUGUGGGCCUGGCUCUGUUUGCUCUUCUUUUUGCUGUUUUUGUGAAGGUCUAUAAUUAAAACACAACUGAAUGAAGCAUCUGAAAAAGAAUAAAUUUCUAAUUAAAAUCUUCAAUGAGCCAGGAAAACAACCACAUCAUUUCUCAAAGGGCAAUAAUCUGUACUGGUCCUUCUGCCUCCUGUUCAACACCACUUUUUAAUGAGGCUCACCCUGUCUCCCAUUGAGUUGGGCCCAUUGGUUAUAUGACCUAAAACCCAGUAGCAGCUGCCCCAGCGUAUCUUUUAAAGUAACUCAUUUUGGUUUAUUUUUAGCAAGAAGUGCAAGUGGUUGCUUUUUUUUUUUUUUUUUUUAAUCUUUUUGGUCUUCAAGCCAGAACUUAAUUGUACAGUGGCCUGGGUCAUCUUUUCCUUGUGUGGGAAGAAUCUUGAAUCUUUAAUAAACAUUUGUAAACUCAUCUUCUUCUUUAUACUUUGUUGUUGGAGUCACAAUGCAGAAUUCCCUAGAAAGUUUGCAGCUACAAACAUCUUAUUUUUCACAGCAGAUGUGUUCCUGAAAAGUUUAUACAGAAACCUAUUUUGGGAACCUAAAUCCUUUUGGAAGGUACUGGAAAAGCCUGCCUAUUAAAGGACUCUUCGCAAAAUUUUGUGAAGUGUGAGGAAUCACCCACUUCUUUCCACCCACAAAUUCUCAAAAACUGGAUUUGUCUAAGCUGUACCCUUUUUCUGACAUUUUUGUUUGAUCAGAGCAAAUGUUUUUUAUCUCUACCUCAUAUCGUUGGCCUUUACUAAAUGCACUGACUUCUUUCACAAUAAAAUGACGCAUUGUAAUAUGCAAAUCUUAUGCUUAUCAGAAUUUAAAUAAGUUAUUUAGAUUGUCUCAGGCAGGGAAAUCAAGUGCCUUAUGGGUUUUUUUCAUCUUUAAACCCACACUCCUGUUCAACACUUCCUUUUAUCUCAACAUGUUUUAGCCUUUUAUGUGUCUUUUAAGGAAGCCACAUUAAAAUUUAAUUGUGCCAUCAUUUGGUGAAUUAAAAAAAAAACUUUAUCAUUAGUUCUAUUCUCCUGAUCCUUGUAAUGUGCUUCUAAGAGAAACACAUUCAAAAUGCAAAGGAUCUGCCUGUGCCCCUUCAAGAGUAGGGCAAACUAACGUCCCCUUGGGAGCAUUC